GACAUUUAUAUGUUGGUUUCCUUUCUAUUUUAGUGGCAAAAACGCGACAAUAUUUUUUGAAGUCUAAAAAGGCACACAAAUUAGCUUAGAGUUUGGUCUGUUAUCUACCGCAAACCCUAGGCCAUGUCCGGUAAGUACAAUCAAGACGGCGGCGGCGGUGCGCCUAUUCCGUCGUACGGUGGUGAUGGAGGUUAUGGAGGCGGUGAUGCUGGAUACGGAGGACGCAGUGCCUCUGGCGGACGCGGUGGUUACGGCGGUGGCGGUAGAGGAAACAACCGUGGCGGUGGUGGAUAUCAAGGAGGCAAUCGCGGUGGAAGAGGAGGUGGCGGCGGCAGAGAUGGUGAUUGGCCUUGCCCUAAUCCAAGUUGUGGGAACGUGAACUUUGCAAGGAGAGUUGAAUGUAACAAGUGUGGUGCGCCUGCUCCUUCUGGCACUGGGGACCGAGGAGGUCGCCGAGGGGCCAGUGAUCGUGGUGGUGGUGGUCUUGAUAGUGGUAGUAGGAGCUAUGAGAGUAGUAGUAGAUAUGAUGGUGGCAGUAGGAGUAGAGGUGAUAGUGGCUCGUACGGUAGUAAUAGUCAACAUAGGGAUAAUAGUUCUUAUGGUCAGGGUCCUCCACCUCCUCCCUUGGCUGCUAUUCCAUCCUACGAUGGUUCCGGCAGUUACCCUCCAGCCAUGGGGUAUGGAAUGGAAGCAGUUCCCCCGCCUUCAAGCUAUGCCGGUGGUCCCCCUUCUUAUGGUGGUCCCACAGGGGGUUAUGGUGUUGAUGCACCGAGGGGUGGUAGAGGUGGUGGCUAUGAUGCUCCUCGACGCCAGGAAUCUAGUUAUGGAGAUGCACCUGCUGAAAAAGUCAAGCAGUGUGACGCGAAUUGUGAUGAAACAUGUAAUAAUGCCAGAAUAUACAUCUCUAAUUUACCUCCGGAUGUGACCGUUGAUGAACUCAAGGAUCUCUUUGGUGGCAUUGGCCAAGUUGGGAGAAUCAAGCAGAAGCGGGGUUACAAAGAUCAGUGGCCCUAUAAUAUCAAGCUUUACACUGAUGAGAAGGGAAAGAAUAAAGGUGACGCCUGCCUGGCUUAUGAAGAUCCCAGCGCCGCACACUCUGCAGGCGGCUUUUUCAACAAUUAUGAAAUGAGGGGGAACAAGAUUGGUGUAACGAUGGCAGAGAAGUCUGCGCCCAAAGCUCCUGCUUUUGAUCAGAGAGGCGGUGGUGGUAGAGGAGGAGGUGGCUAUGGUGGUGGAGAUAGAAGAAGAGAUAACUAUGGUUCAGGACCAGACAGAAACCACCAUGGGGGAAACCGGUCUCGUCCAUAUUGAGAGAAAGAGAUGAAUCAGUUAUGUGUUAUAAGAGUUUGUGUGUGUAAGGGUGGAAAUGUUAUUAUAUGAAUCAACCACGUUUACAAAACAAAAGAGGUAGGUUUUUGUUCACUUUGACCUUGAAUCUUAAUUUCCUUGUCUGUCUAUUUACUGUUUCUUUGGGGACCUAUUAUUUAUGCAUAUGAAUGGUUCGUUUUCUCACAA